AUUGGUGAAGAAAUCCGGGGUCUGCAAGUAGCCGUAUCUCCUCACAAACCACCAUGAAGCUGUCGCCGGGGAUCCCGUUUCUCAUCCGCUACAUUCUCGUGUGUUGCGCCCCUCCGUUGGCCGUCUACUGCACCAAGCGUGUCUUGUCGGCCACAUCUGAUGUAGAUCUGCCUGCUUGGUUCUGGGUCGUCACCGCGAUACUGAGCGGGCCGCUGCUGUACUCUCUACAUGUCUGGCGCAAGUUCCGCGGCUUCCGUCUUCGGGCUGCUGCUCUGGGCGCGGUCAUGCCUACGGAACUUAAUGGCGACGAGUUCGGCAACAAGGACGUUCUGCGGGGCAUACUCGAAGCCUUUAUCACAGGAUACCCCUCGGAUAUGUUUGACAUGGGGGCCGAGAGAUGUGGCUCGCUGUUCCAGUACACGAUCUUCUGGGACCUGUCUUAUGGCACGACGGACCCCAACGUCGUAAAGACGAUACUAGCGACUGACUUCGCCAAUUACGAGAAAGGCGAGGUAUUUCAUGAGAUCACUAACUCGUUGUUUGGGACGGGUGUCUUCAACGCUGAUGGCGACUUGUGGAAAUUCCACCGAUCCAUGUCACGUCCCUUCUUCAGCCGGGAAAGGAUCAGCCACUUCGAGUUGUUUGACCGUCAUGCCGAAACCGCCAUAAACAAAAUCAAGGAGCGCAUGCGGUCCGGCGUCGCCCUCGACUUCCAGGACCUUAUUUCCAGAUUCACGCUCGACUCUGCCACAGAGUUCCUCUUCGGAUCUUGUGUGCAUAGCCUGAACUCUUCGCUUCCCUACCCCCGCGGACUCAUCCCCUACACCGAAAUGAAGGAGCUGUCUUCUUCUGAGCGCUUUGCAUACGCGUUCGGAAAGGUGCAGCAGAUCGUGGCCGAGCGCCCCCGGUUGGGCUGGGUUUGGCCGCUGAAGGAGAUCUUCAGGACCUCCACCGACGAGUAUAUGGAGAUUGUAGAUGGGUUCAUCGAGCCUAUACUGAAGGAUGCCUUGCGGAAGAAGGAGCAGCGCCUCAAGGAAGAGCAUGUUCUCGAUGACAAGGAGAGCCAGGAAGACGAAACCCUCCUCGACCAGCUGGUUAAGCAGACCUCAGACCCCGCUAUCCUUCAUGACGAGACGCUGAACAUUCUGCUUGCAGGAAGGGAUACCACGGCCGCUGCUCUCACUUUCGGUGUUUACCUCUUGUGCCAGCAUCCAGAUAUCUUCAAGCGCCUACGUGACGAAAUUAUCGAACACGUUGGCUUGACGCGUCGGCCAACGUAUGAUGAUAUCCGCAACAUGAAGUACCUCCGCGCCUUCCUCAACGAAACUCUCCGCCUUUAUCCCUCUGUCCCGUUCAAUAUCCGGUACUCGAUCAAGGAGGGCAUCCUGCCGAACCCUGACCCUCUGGGAAAACCCGUCUACAUCCCUCCCGGGACACCGAUCUCCUACUCCAUCUUCAACAUGCAUCGCGACCCGAAGUACUGGGGCCCGACUGCCGCAGACUUUGACCCCAGCCGGUUCUUGGACGAGCGCGUCGGGAAGUACCUCGUUCCAAACCCCUUCAUCUUCCUCCCGUUUAACGGCGGUCCGCGCAUCUGUCUCGGGCAACAGUUCGCAUACAACGAGAUGUCGUUCUUCAUCAUCCGUCUGCUGCAAAACUUCUCCUCUGUGUCGCUCGACCUCGCCGCGCAACCGCCGGACACCCUCCCGCCUUCCGAGUGGAAGGAUGCGCCGGGGCGCAAGGGCAAGGAGCAGAUCUUCCCGAAAUCGCACCUCACCUUGUACUCCUUUGGCGGCAUGUGGGUCAAGAUGGAAGAGGCCUGAAUGGUCGCGGACACGGCGGAAUCCCCCGCCCGCAAUGAGAUGUUGCCGCCCUCGACUCUUAGCUGAAAUAGCACAACCUCAGUCUUCUCGGUCUUUAUAUGUAUUGCUAUCACCUACCGAGCCGCGUACACUGUUGACAUGUUCGGAAGGAGUACGAGCACUGCGGCCACUUAUAUCCCUAUCUCAGACCUGUACCAAUCAGUAGGAGCUGUGAAAAUGUCGG